AUGGGCGAUCUUCUUCUGACGGAGAAGGAAGCCUCCAGCCUCGUCAUCAGCGGUGCGGAAACGUCGAACAUCCCUCGCCCGAGGUGGGCGGUGGUGGGCAAGGUGUGCUCACCAAGGAAGCUGGUGAUCGGAGCAUUGGAGCGGGCUAUGCUACGUGCAUGGGGUCUUCAUCGAGCGGCGACCUUCCGUGACAUUGGUGAUAAUAGAUUUGUGGUAAGAUUCUCAUCUGAGGGGGACUGGAAGCAUGUGAUGAAGAAGGGCCCUUGGCAGUUUGAUUUCAAUGCUAUUCUCCUUAAGGAUUUAUCGGGCUCAGUGCGGCCAUCUGAUAUGGUAUUUGAUUCCAUUGAGUUGUGGGCAAGAGUCUGUGACCUCCCCAUGGAUAUGAUGAAUAGAGCCCAUGGUAAGCUGUUUGGAAACUGGAUUGGUAAAUAUAUCUAUGCGGAUGUUGACGAAGAUGGAAUUGCUUGGGGAAAGGACUUGCGCAUUAGAGUGGAAGUGCGUGUGGAGGAGCCUCUACUCCGGGGUAUCAGUGUGAGAAAUUCAGAGGAUGAUGUCAGGGGCAAUUGGUUUGAUGUGCAGUAUGAAAGGGUCCCCCAUUUUUGUUUCGACUGUCGACGUUUGGUUCAUCCUAACGAUUUCUGUCCAGCGGAUCGGGAUGAAGAAAAACAGCAAUGGGGGGGAUGGCUGAGGGCAUCCCCGGGCCGCUCCUACAAGCCAGUAGCUCCGGCCCGACCCUCUGUGACCUCCGGCAGCUAUGGUAGCAGAUCUCUCAACUCGGACAGCGGGAUGGGGGGUGGGGUGUCCAUCAGAGAUGUUCCUCCUCGUCGGAACCUUGCUCAAGACUUUUCAUACUCCAGCUCAUCUCGCACUGGCGGGCAUGAGUCUUUCGCAGAGAUGCGGAGAGAGUCUACAAUGGGGACAUGCCCUGAGAACCGCCACAGGGCGGGGGACAAUGAGCAACGGGCGGGAAAGGCUCCAAUGGCGCAGGAGCUCAAGAAGGAUAAACGGGGAACCUUUCUCAGGAAGCCUCGCAAGGUUGCUACGUCUACGGGACAGCCGAAGCCUUCUGUUCCACUGGGAACAAAGAAGAGAGGACCAAAACAAAUGUGGAUGCCAGUCUCGGUACAGGUGAUUGGGGAAGGUACAGCAGAAUCGGUUGGGAAACGGCAGCGGACGACCUCUGUUUUUGAUAGAAUGGAAGAACCCACUGAUGGACAUGCUGGGCAGCGGACUAGUUCAGUGUUUGACAGACUAGAAGACCCAACGGCGGACCCUGCGACGCAGGGCCGCCGAUCACAAUGA